AGAUCCUUCCCUUCACAGUUGUUGUCCACCGGACAUCCAACAGAAAUACUAAGAAGAUUGAGUCGUUUUCAGAAGCAUUACUAUCAACCAGGAUUCACAAUGGUCGGCGGUGGCUGGAUGACAGUGGAGCAAAACACAAGGCUAGAAAAGGAUCUCAUUCACCCGAAUUCGGUUUGGCUUCAAGACCGCGUCGUGAAGUUCGAGCCGAAGAAGAACAUGGUGAAGUUAGGAAAUGGUGAUGAGGUUACGUAUGAUUAUAUGAUUUUGGCCACAGGUGUGCAGCUUCGAUGGGAUAUGAUCAAAGGCCUGCCGGAAGCUUUCGAUACUCCUGGUGUCACCUCAAAUUAUACACCAUUUCUCUGCCCGAAGACUAACAAGGAAUUGAACACUGUUACGUCCGGUAACUGUGUGUUCACUUUUCCAAACACGCCAAUCAAAUGUGCCGGAGCUCCACAAAAGGUGUUGUACUACGGUGAAGAGAUCGUCCGUAAUCGUGGUUACCGUGAUAAAACGCACUUCAUCUACGCUACUUCUUUACCACGGCUCUUCGGAAUAGAGGGUUAUUUGAAGUCGUUGGUCAAAGUUGCUAAAGAGAGGAACAUCGACGUACGUACGAGGCAUAAUUUGAUCGAAGUUGAUCCGAAGAAUAAAAUCGCCAAAUUCGAGCUUCUCGACGAGAACAGCCUACCGAAUGGAGAAUAUUCAGAGAUACCGUACUCAUUACUACACAUUGCACCACCAUGCUCCACUCCACCGGCUGUGCGAGAAUGUCGUGAGCUGACCGACGAAAAGGGCUGGGUUGACGUGGAUCCUAAAACAUUAAGAUCGAAACACUUCCCUAAUGUGUUCGCGGCGGGUGAUUGCAUGAACACGGGCAAUGCGAAGACGGCCGCGGCAGUUUCCAGCCACCUGAAGACAGUUGAAAAGAAUUUGACCGCGGUGUUGGAAGGGCGAGGAGCCACCAGCAAA